AUGUACUACAACCUCAAGGGCGUGUUCAUGGAAAAAAUUAAGGAGCUUGAGGAGGUCCUCUGCAUCACACCAAUCCACAAGGUUCAUGGAUUCUUCGCUUCUGCCGACUGUCGAACAUGUGAAGUCCCCUGGGACAUCCUCAUGAGGCGUUACAACGAUAGCAAGAUUCUGAAGCGAAGGCAGGUCCGCGUGUUGUUCAGUCUACCAAAUGUACCAAGGGAAUCCCCGUCUCAGCUACAAACCCUCCUGGAAGGUUUUGAGCGUAGUGUUCAAACGCUGGAUCAGCUGGUGAAGGCAGAGGAUUACAAAGACCUACUUUUGCUGGAAAUCCUAGGUUCCAGAUUAGAUCCAAGUACAUGGGAAGAUGUAUCUGCAAACAAGGAGAAGGACAAGAUCAAGUAUCUUACGGAGUUCCUCCAGGCACGAGUGAAGGUAUUGAGCUGCUUGCCCUCGAAUAACGCCGAUGCAAGAAGAGAUCAACCGCAAUGGAUUCGGAAGCCCACAAACCGGAUGGCCAACAAUGCUUCGCAGUUUACCACAGGCCGAUGUAUUGCAUGCUCGGAAGACCAUCUUCUCCAUCAAUGUCUGGCUUUCAAGAAUUUGUCGGUUGCAGAGAGGAAACAACUGAUUCGAAAACACAGUAUGUGCAGGAACUGUUUUAGACGAGGUCAUAUCGCAAUAAAGUGUCCGUCAACAUACGUUUGUCACACUUUGCUAUGUUUUCACGCCGCGAUUAGAGUCGCACAUUCUGCCGUCACUGAAACUUCCAUGGGGCAACGAAGUGCUGAGCGGGCCGAGUACGCUGGGGAAUCAUCGUCAGCCGGAACUACAUCUGCAAACACAGCUAGGAGGUCCAACUCAACAAUGCUAUUGGCUACAGCUGUCGUCCUGGUAGAAGAUUGUACUGGAUUCAGUUAUCCGGCCAGAGCGCUUUUGGACUCCGGUUCUGAGUGUAACUUCAUGACAGAAACACUUUGUCAACGGUUGGGGGUACAGCGGAAAUCAAUAAAUAUCUCGGUAGUUGGUAUUGGUCAAGCAAACAGCCACGUCAAGCACCAGGUUUCAGCUUUGAUUCGAUCCAGAAUGUCCAGCUUUAGCAGAAAAAUGGAUUUUCUCGUCCUUCCUAAGGUUACAGCUGAUCUUCCUACAGCUACCGUCGAUACUUCCAAUUGGAAACUUCCACCAGGAGUUAAUCUUGCCGAUCCAUCCUAUUGUAAAUCCAAGUCUAUUGAUGUAGUUCUUGGAAUACAGGACUUUUUUGAGUUCUUUCAAACCGGAAACAAAAUUCGACUAGGAGAGGGACUGCCAACGCUGACCGAAUCGAUAUUUGGAUGGGUGGUAUCUGGAGUUGUAGACAACUGGCAGAAUUCUUCGCAAACCGUAUGUAACACCGCUGUUUCACAAGAUUUAGAUGAAAUCUUAACUCGAUUUUGGAUUUGUGAAAAGCUGGAGCCUCUUCACAAUUAUUCGCCUAAGGAGUCGCGCUAUGAGGAGCAAUUUGUGCGCACGGUGCGCAGAGGAUUGGAUGGCAGGUACACUGUGAGCCUUCCCAUGGAUGAAGACGUAUUUCCAAGCAUUGGCGAUUUAAGGGAUAUCGCUUACCGACGUCUUCAAAGCCUAGAGCGUCGACUGGCAAGGGAGCCACAGAUGCGCCAACAGUAUACCCAAUUUUUAGCCGACUAUCUGAAGCUUGGGCAUAUGCGGAAGAUAGAUGAGACCCUAGAUGCAGGACGAGUACGCUGUUGUUUACCGCACCAUCCGGUGAUUAAGGAAUCGAGCACUACCACCAAACUUCGAGUUGUAUUCGACGCUUUGUGUUCGACAUGCAGUGGCAAGUCACUCAACGAUAUUUUACUAGCGGGACCGGUAAUCCAGGAUGAUCUCCGGUCAAUCAUCCUAAGAAGCCGAAUGAAGCAGUUCAUGAUCAUAGCUGACGUUGAAAAAAUGUUUCGACAAAUUCACAUUAGCGAUGCAGACAAACCCUUGCAGAGUAUUUUGUGGCGAGAAAAUCCAACCGAGGAAGUUCAAACAUACGAAUUUACCACCGUAACAACACAACUCGACAACAACAACAGCAGCGAACGGUAA